AUGGUCGACGAUCUCUCCAAAGUGGCCCUGGCUGGCACCGGUCAACGACGGCGGGCGUAUCACCGCAAAGUGAAGACGGGCUGCCAGACUUGCAGGGUAAAAUGCGACCAAGCCAAGCCUGCCUGUGAGCGUUGUACAUCCACCGGCCGCACAUGUGACGGGUACACUUCUCCGUCUCCUCCUCCUGCAUCAUCAUCUCAUUCAUCAUCAUCCUCUUCACCACCUUCCCCUCAAUCCUUCGACUCCUACAACGCAACUGCCGAUCUCAAGCUCAUCCUACCACGACAGAGCCCCCAAGAGGUACGAAGUUACCGUUUCUUUCUUGAAGUCACGGCGCCAUCUCUUGCCGGGGCUUUCUACGCCGACUUUUGGCUUGCCGAGGUGCCACGCGUCUGCGUGUCCGACUCGGCUAUCUGGCACGCCGUUGUCAGCCUUGGUUCUGCCCACGAGGACUCUACAGAGCAUGGCCAAGGGUCGCGCAGUGUCUUCGCCCUGAAGCAGUUCAAUUCGGCCAUUCGUUGUCUCACCGAGUCAACGUCGCCGAGGCAUGCAGAUCGGUGGAGAGCGCUUAUCGUCAGCACUAUAUUUACGUAUGUAUGCACGAUUAAAGGACUUCACGAUCAGACACGGUUACACCUGGAAGCUGGAUGCAAUCUCCUCCGCGAACUCCAAAGUCUCGCUACGAAAGGUAGGACGACUUUGAAUCAGGAACAGCUCCCGCAAGUCUCACAAGAGGAGGGUUGGAUCUCGUCAGUUCCAGUAUCCAUUGCACCGAUACAGUCCAUCCUGGUCGCCCUUGAGCUGCAGCUAGAAGCACUUGACCAUGGCGGUAUAACUGAGAGCCCGACCUUGCUGUUGCAAAACAAGACAUUUCACGCAUGGCGCUACUAUACAGCACCACGAUCUACACACCGAUCAACGCCAGAGAGUAUUAGUCAGGCCUACCGCGCUGCUGAGUCUCUGUUCAGUGGACUGAUCCUCUUCUCGCAAGAACAUGCUAAGCAGCUCGGGGACCUUCAAAGUGGCAAAUCCGGACCAGAAGGACUGUCCAUGCUCGUAGCGCGACAAGAAUCACAUACGCGAUGCUACAACCAAAUAAAGAAAGCAAUUGAUAUCUUUCAGCGCGAGGUAGACGCAAUGAAGCUGGAGCCGCAUACCAUACUCCCCUUGCAACUCUUUCAAACCGCGAAUCGCCUUGUCUUGAUUCAGGAUCCCGAGGAAGAUGACUUGGAGAAGCGCCACAAUGACCUUCCAGCCCUGUACAAGUCUAUAGUCGAUCUCGCCGAGCAGAUCAUGAACCUCGAUCCUGUGAAGACCCGUCGAGUAUCCUAUACACAGCAUCUCUUUCUCGUCGCCCACAGUGGUAUCGGACACUCAACCCGCCGCCGUGCUGUGACACUGCUCAGACGACCGAGGUUGGAGGGUGGCUGGGAUAGUCUCAUCUCUGCAAGUCUCGCAGAGGCCAUCAUGGACAGGGAGAGGGAGGCGGCGUGUGAGUACCGGCUGGAGCAAGGCUUGGAUGCAGGGACUGAUGGAGGCGAGGGGAAGGAAGGGCAGAACGGGGAGGAGCAGGUUGAUCCAGUGUUUCGCAUAUUUAACAUCACAUUUGCGUUUAUAGGAUCGAGAGAGGCGCGUGUCGUGCUGCGGACGUGGCGGGAGAAACUCGACGACGUUGCUGGGAGGAGUAGGAUUAUACAAUGGUAA